GGUGCCUCGCCCACUUCAUUAGAAUUCUAAUUGGGGUGUGUAGGAGAGGCUUCUAUAAAUGGUAAGGAGAUCCCAGUAGCCCGUCACCCCACACCAUCCGUGCCAUUCCGGGACGAGCCCAGAGAGGAGGCAGAGGAAGGCGAAACAUGUCUGCUUUCAAACUCCAGAAUAUCGACUGGCAGACAGCCUCCAACCGGCAGGCACAUCACACAGACAGGUUCUACAGCAAGGAGCUCAUCUUGCGGAGAGGCCAGCUCUUCAAGUUCUCAUUGACCCUGAACCAAAGUCUUGGCUCUAGAGAUGGUCUCACCUUCACCGUCUCCACAGGGCCUUCCCCCUCAGAGUCGGCCAAGACGAAGGCUGUGUUUCCACUCUCCAAUGAGACAAGAAGCAGCGGCUGGCACGCACAACUUCUGUCCAGAAGGGACAACGUUCUGGCCAUCUCCAUCUUCAGUCCAGCCAGUGCGCCCAUCGGAAGAUACGAGCUGAGCAUUCGGAUCUCCUCCCAGGGCAAGGACUCUACUCUGAAACUUGGGACAUUCAUACUGCUCUUCAACCCCUGGUCGCAAGCCGAUGUUGUCUUUAUGAAUAACCAAGCUGAGAGAGAGGAGUAUGUUCAGGAAGACGCCGGCAUCAUCUUUGUGGGAAGCACAAAUCGAAUUGUCAUGAUUGGCUGGAACUACGGACAGUUUGAAGAAGGCAUUCUGAACAUCUGCCUCUCAAUCCUGGAUAACAGUCUGAAUUUCCGCCGUGACCCUGCCACCGAUGUGGCCCGCAGGAAUGACCCCACAUAUGUUGGCCGCGUGCUGAGUGCCAUGAUCAAUGGCAACGAUGACAGUGGUGUGGUUUCUGGGAACUGGAGCGGUAACUACGCGGGUGGCCUGGACCCCAGAAGCUGGAACGGCAGUGUGGAGAUCCUUAAGGAGUGGCAGAGAUCUGGCUUCAGGCCCGUCCGAUACGGCCAGUGCUGGGUCUUCGCGGGGGUCCUCAACACAGUGCUGCGGUGCUUUGGGAUUCCUUCCCGAGUGAUCACCAACUUCAACUCGGCUCAUGACACAGACCAAAACCUCAGCGUGGACGUGUACUACGACGCCAGGGGACGGCCCUUGGACAAAGGCAGUGACAGCGUAUGGAAUUUCCACGUCUGGAAUGAAGCCUGGUUUGUGCGGAAUGACCUGGGCUCUUCUUACAGUGGAUGGCAGGUUCUGGAUGCCACCCCCCAGGAGGAGAGUGAAGGGGUGUUCCAGUGCGGUCCUGCUUCCGUUAUCGCUAUUCGAGAGGGUGAUGUGAACUUGGACUUCGACCUGCCCUUCAUCUUUUCCGAGGUCAAUGCUGACCGCAUCACCUGGAUCUACGAUGCCUCAACUGGUACCAAGAAGCGGAAUUCCACAGAUUCUCACAGCAUCGGCAGGUACAUUAGUACCAAGGCGGUGGGCAGCAACUCUCGCAUGGAUGUCACGGAAAAGUACAAGUACCCAGAAGGUUCCAGGGAGGAAAGACAAGUAUUUGAAAAGGCUCUGGGGAAACUUAAGCCCACGUUGUCAUUUGGCCCAACAUCGGCAAGAACUUUCUCAAGAGAAGAACGAGAGGAACGAGAGGAACGGGAGCCCAGCAUCUCUGGGAGGUUCAAGGUCACUGGCCUACUGGCCGUGGGCAAAGAAGUCAACCUGGCCCUGAUGCUCAAAAACCUAACGGAUGAUAAGAAGACGGUGACAGUGAACAUGUCAGCCUGGACCAUCGUCUACAAUGGCACACUCGUACACGAGGUGUGGAAGGACUCUGUCACCAUAUCUCUGGAUCCUAAAGAAGAAAUACAGCACCCUGUAAAGAUCUCAUAUGCUCAGUAUGAGAAGUACCUGAAAGCAGACAACAUGAUCCGGACCACAGCUGUGUGCCAGGUCACCGACGAGCCCGAGGUGGUGGUGGAGAGAAACGUCAUCCUGGAUAACCCUACCCUGACCCUGGAGGUGCUGGACCAGGCCCGGGUGAAGAAGCCUGUGAAUGUGCAGAUGGUCUUCUCCAACCCGCUGGAUGAGCCAGUGAAGGACUGCGUGCUGAAGGUGGAGGGUAGCGGCCUGCUGCUGGGCAGCCUCAAGAUCGAUGUGCCAGCCCUGCGCCCCAAGGAGCGGUCCCGAGUGCGUUUUGAGAUCAUGCCCACCCGGAGUGGCACCAAGCAGCUCCUCGCUGACUUCUCCUGCAACAAAUUCCCUGCGAUCAAGUCCAUGCUGUCCAUCGACGUGGCUGAGUGAAGGGCCCAGGUGGCCUCAUACAAACUUGGGAACGCAGAGCAGGCAGGGCUCACCUGUGGAGUGAGCCCCCUGCCGACGCUGUCCACCCUGGGAAACCCACUCCGUCCCCCAAGGCGGCCUGGACGCGGCCCUCCAGCCUCCAGCACACACCCCUCCCUCACUCCCAGGCAGGGCUAGAGCCACCCGGGCCCGUGAUUUGAUCAUUUUUGCACAUUCCCCGAGCUUCUCGCUGACGCUACCCAUUCUAUGAGCCCCACAGCCCCACUCAGCCCUCACACCCUCAGUACUGUGGGAACAGAGUGGCAUCUGACGCAGCGACCCUCCAAAUGGAUACGGGGGGUGGGCGGCAGUAGAAGACGGUCUGGACUGAUCCCCAGCUAGCAGCUGGGACAAUCCUGCUCCUCCCUCAGGCUGCCGAAGAGGUGGGGGGGGCACCUUCCACUGUGGCACUCACAUCCGCACCCUCAAAAUAAAUGUUACGUAGCGCAUGAUCACA